AUGAGCGCAAGUCCAUCUCCAACACACCACCACAUUGUUUUCCUUCAGGCGGAUUAUUGUCCGAUUCCCGACUUUCGCUUCCCGCCUGGUCACACUUUUACUACGACCGUCUAUCAGCAAACUUCGCUCUCGGAACUCCACUCGCGUAUUCAUGAUGCCUCAGUUGUCGUAUUCUCAUACAUCCCUUUUGAUGCGCACACACUCUCCCCUGAGGUGACACCGCAUCUCAAACUCAUCGCCGUUGCCGCAGUUGGCACAGACUGUAUUGAUCUAGAAGCAUGCAGAAAGAGAGGCAUCAUUGUGAGCCGAUCUGUUGGUGCAAAUGUGGAUUCGGUUUCCGAGCACGCAAUCGGAUUGUACUUCGCCUCGCGGCGUCGAUUACUGGAUAUGCACAUGUUGACGAGAGCGGGCGAAUGGGCGCAUCGGAAAGGAGCCAUCCUGUACCAAGUGCUCGAUAAACAUGGCCAGCCGCCUUUGAGUUGCCAAGAUGAAGUAGUUGGUAUUGUCGGAAACGGGAUAGUUGGACAAAGGAUCGCUCAGCUCGCACGUAACCUGGGGAUGAAGGUGUUCAUAUCAGCGCGGAAAGAUCCUGCAGCAUCGCUGCCACUGAGCACGGUCGAGGGCAUCGAGCGAACUCCAUUCGAUACUGUCAUCAGACAAAGCACGGUCAUUUUCGUGGCAGUGCCGUUGAGUCCUUCAACGCGAAACCUCAUAUCGACCCCAGAAUUGGAAAAUAUGUCACCGCAUACUGUCAUCGUCAACGUCUCCCGUGGAGGAAUUGUAGACGAAGACGCACUAGUCGAAGCUUUGAGAAAGGGUACGAUUGCUGGAGCAGCCACKGACGUCUUCCGUGAAGAGCCUGCUGGAUUGGAUAACUCCCCAUUACUUGCCGACGGGACAAAGGGUCUUAAUCUAAUUGUCACCCCUCAUUUAGCGUGGCUAUCAAAGAAAACCUUGGCCAACUAUUCGCAGAUGGUGCAGCAGGCCAUUGAAGGAUGGAGUGCAGGACAGCCAUGCAAUGUCGUGACAUAA